CCUUGUUCCUUCCUUCUCGGAGCCGUUUUGUUUUCCGUGAAACUAUGAAGUAUACACGUUUUUAAACCGGCAGCUGUAGAACGGCUCUCUCUUUUAAGUUGAAAAAAAUGAUUAAGACGGAAAAGAUUUUGCAUUUAAAGACCAGUCGUGGGCGAAAGGUCCGUGUGGUCCGCGAACAUUACGUGAGGGAGAGAGUUCCAUGCUUCAGCGCUCUGUGCCUGGAUAGCUGUGACAACGGUGACAAGGUGUUGCCAAAGGAUUUGACACACUAUGUGGUGCCUGAUGUUGGGGUCGUGGUCGAUUACUUGGAGAUCUUGGAGUUAAGAGAGGUACAGGGCAUCAUCUUCACCCAGACAGCCUGCCAGGCUGUACAGCACAGCAAAGGACGCAGACAGUAUAACCGCCUGCGAAACCUGCUGAAAGACCCCCGACAUGACUGUGUGCUGUUUGCAAAUGAAUUUCAAGAAUUUUCCUACUGCCAGCGAGAGAAGGGGGAAAGUCAAGAAAAGUGGCUGACCAGGUGUGUGCACGCUGCAGCAGUGUGGUACUAUAACCACCUAGCUGGUAUGAUGGAUGUAGUGAUGAUUACAGAGGACCAGGAUGCCAUUGCUCUGUACGGCAAUCUCUACUCUGGAGUGUACGUCAUCUCUGUCCAGGAUUAUUUACAGAACUUCUGGUCAGAACUGCAGCCAGCCCAUGAACUGUACAGCUCCAUCUGCCAGUCUCUGCAGGAGAAGGAAAGCGAAGGCACAGAGAGAGAGUUUACUGAUCAUCUACCUGCUGAAGUUCUGGAGUCUGGAAUCAAGUCUGGACGCUACAUUCAGGGAAUGUUGAAUGUCAAUAAGCAUCGGGCACUGACAGAAGCUUGGGUCCAAACAAUGGGUCUCUCAGAUAAAAACACAGAGUUGAGCAGCGAGGUGUUGGUGUACGGAAAUAAGAAUCGUAACAGGGCUGUGCAUGGGGACAUUGUCGUGGUGGAGUUGUUUCCAAAGACUGAGUGGAGAGGGAAGGUCUCAGUGCUGACUGAGGGACAAGGGGAUGAUAAGAAUGGAGAGGACAGCCAAAGUAAACCUGUAGCUACAGGGCGUAUUGUGGGCAUCCUGCAGAGGAAUUGGAGGGACUAUGUGGUAACAUUCCCAUCAAGGGAGAGCUCUCAGUCCCAGAGCAGAAAUUCCCAGCGUAUUCUGACUGUGCCUUGGGACUAUCGCAUCCCAAAGAUCCGCAUCAGCACACAGCAGGCUGACGCUUUGCAGGACCACAGAGUGGUGGUCCGCAUUGACUCAUGGGAAAGCACAUCACUGUAUCCUAAUGGGCACAGCGUGAGGGUUCUGGGUCGGGCUGGUGAGCUUGAGACAGAGAUACAGACUAUCCUCUUAGAGAACUGCAUCCACGUGGCUGCCUUCUCUGAUGCGCAGCUGAGGGAGAUGCCUGUCAAUUCUCCCGAGAAGCCGUGGAGAGUGGAUCCUUCUCAGGUGGCUGAGAGGCGGGACCUGAGGGAAAGUCACAUGGUGUUCAGCAUCGACCCUGCAGGCUGCGAGGAUGUGGAUGACACACUGUCCGUGCGCCGUCUCGCUGGAGGAAAGGUGCUGGAGCUCGGGGUCCACAUUGCUGAUGUUACACACUUUGUUUCUGAAGGCUCACUCACCGACUUGGAGGCACGUGCAAGGGCUACAACCUGCUACCUUGCAGACCGCAGGUAUGACAUGUUGCCUGCAGUUCUCAGCGCAGAUCUCUGCUCUCUGUUGGGAGGAGUCGAUAGGUACGCAAUGAGCGUGCUGUGGGAACUUGACGCACACACCCUUGCUGUCAACAAGGUGUGGUAUGGUCGCACAAUCAUCCGCUCCUCCUACCAGCUCCAUUACGAGCUGGCUCAAGCGCUCCUCAAUGGUGUGGAGACCGAGGUACCAGAAUUGUCCCAUCUUUGCUCCCACGAGAAGGAUGACAAAUUAGUUCAGCUUAUUCAAGCUCUGGAGAUGCUGACCCACGUGGCUCGACACCUACGGGUGCAGCGGGAUCAAGGCGGUGCUUUGGAACUGGAAGGUGUGGAGGUGCGGGCCCAGCUGGACAAUGACAAAAAUAUCACAGCUCUGGUUCCGCGUCAGCCUCUUGAAAUUCACGAAACGGUGGCCGAGUGCAUGAUUUAUGCCAACCACUGGGUAGCGCUCAAGAUCCAGGAAACUUUUCCUCAUCAGGCUCUGCUGCGGCACCACCCACCACCACGUCAGGAGUUCUUCAGCCAGCUGGUUGACAGCGCCAAGUCCAAGGGCUUUACCAUCAAUACCAGGUCCAAUAAGGCUCUAGCUGACUCCCUGGACCAGGCUGUGGACCCACAGGACCCACUGCUGAACAAGCUGCUGAGAAUGAUGGCUACCCAAGCCAUGUCUCAGGCUCUGUAUUUCUCUACUGGUGCUAUUUCCCAAGACCAGUACUACCACUACGGUUUGGCUCUGGACCGAUACACACAUUUCACCUCCCCCAUUCGUCGCUAUGCCGACAUUGUGGUCCACCGCCUUCUCAGUGCCGCCAUUGACAUGGAGAAGGGGCAGACUGCUGCCAAAGCUUUACUCGCCAACAAGGAAGUGGAGGAGUUGGCUCAUCAUAUCAACCAAAAGAACAGAGCAGCCCAGCAGGCCCAGAGGUUGUCCACUGACUUGUUUCAGUGUCUGUAUUUUAAAGACAGAGACCCUCACACAGACCAGUGCUGCAUUGCUGAUGCUGUCAUUUACGCAAUCCGAGACAAUGGCGUGUUGGCGUUUGUCCCGCAGUAUGGCGUGAAAGGCCCUGUGUACCUGAAGAACCGAGAAGGCCAAGUGGUCUCUGCCGGAAAAGAUGGCAAGUGUGAGUGGCAGAGUGGUUCUGUGCACGGCUAUCCGGACCACAUCACCACCACGUCCGCAACAGGAACCACCACACUCACACUCUUCAAGCACAUCACCGUUGGCAUUUCUGUGCAGUCGUCACGCUCUCACGCUGACAGUCUCAGCCUUGAGCUCCUUAACAACAAGCCACACCAGAGCUCAGAGCACUACCAGACUCAAACGCAGGGCCGCAACCAGCUGGUCCAGGAGGUGGUGCGCUUGGCCGAGGAGGCGUCUCAACAGGCUCAGGAUAAGGCGACACGGCGGUCCAAACUGUCCAAACAGGAACGAGAGUUCUGCCAAAGUAAAAGCCCCAACUUAUACCUUCUCCUGGAGGAGAUUCGAGAGCUGGCAUUGAUGGACCUGGAAUGUGAAAACACAGCCUAAGGACGCCAUAGACACCCACUCAUGUGUGUUUGGACUGGAAAUAAUGCUAUAAGUGCUCACAUCAGAGCUUCUUUUUACAUGAAAAACAACUUUUUUUACUUCAUUUUUAAUAGCUAUAGUUUUUUUUAGCAUGGAUUGAUCUAAAGUACAGUAGACUAGUUGGCGUAGAUAUUUUCUUUUAAGUGUUGAGGCAGCGUUUUUUUCUCAGCACCUGUGAACUGAAGGCAUGUUUUAUUUUUGUGCAGAUGCUCUUGGACAUGAUUGUAAGCCUUUACAAGAAGUACAGACCUUUUAAGUUGUUUCUUUUAAAAUGCCACAUUAGUGUGCAAAUAGAUUUUAAUAUCAAUUUGUACUGAAAUGUCCACAGUGACCGUUUACAAUAAAGUCAUCACAUUUUGUUUUGUGAGCUUUAA